AUGGUUGGCUACUUUGUACCGAAGGAAUUGUACACUGAGGCUGAGAUCCAGUCAGCCCUUUUCCGGAUGCAGGCUGCCGCACAUCAUGUUCGGAUUCACGUGAAGUAUGAUACGACUAGAGCACGAAACUCGGGCGGUCCCCUCUGCAACGCUGUAUUGUUGCCCCUGCUGGGCGCAAUUGCUCUGUACAGCUCAUACACUCUGUUCCCUUGGGCCGCGCCAUGCUACUCUGAUCCGUCCAGCAAGCAAUGUCAGGAGGUCGCGAAGAACUACGGAGACGGCGUCUCGCGAACUAAGCAAUACGGAUCCAUGGAGUUUCUCGACUGGGAGAGAUGCGGUCGCUCGCAGUGCGCUUUGAACUCGGCCAACACCCCAGAGCCUGUCUCCGGUGCCUGUUCGCUGGGAAGACUCUCCGCAUAUUACGUCGAUGCCAGAUCAAGCAACGACAUCAGCAAAAUUUUGGAUUUUGUUCGCAAGCAUGGCAUUGGAAUUUCCAUCAAAAAUACAGGACACGACUACUUUGGACGAUCGACGGCUCCAAACUCCCUGGCAAUUUGGACCCACAACCUGAAAGACACCAAGUUCCAUAAGAAGUUUCAGCCGAAGGGAUGCGACACCCGUUAUAAGAAUAUUGGCGAGAUCGGUGCCGGGAUACAAGCUCAAGAAGCCUGGGAAGCUUUCGAGCCACAUGAUAUGCUUGUCACUGUAGGAGCUGUGGCUUCGGUCGGUAUCGCCGGAGGCUUCGGCCAAGCAGGCGGCCAUGGACCGCUGGGACCAAAGUACGGCUUGAUGGUCGAUCAGGCUGUCGAGUUUGAUGUCGUCACCGCUGAUGGUGAACAACGCACUAUCAACGAAUGCAGUGAUCCAGACCUUUUCUGGGCGAUGCGUGGAGGAGGUGGCGGCAGCUACGCUGUGCUUACAUCCUACAAGUUCCAACUUCACCCGGCCGUACCCAUCAACGUCUACAGCUUUCAGGCUCAUUUCGAAGCGCCGGAAAACAUCACUGAGUCGAGCAUACACCGCGCCAUUCUUACUGGACUUGCUUCGAACCAGUCUCACUUUGGUGAGAACGGCGUUGCCGGGUUCAACUUCGUACUACCAGAUCAUGUAGUGUUCCUACAGGUCAUGCCUUCUACCGACCCCGACGCGAUUAAGAACGUCACUGCAAAAUUUCACGACCUACUCACCCAUCUACCUGGUCUCGAAAUCACCGAAAAUGAAUACCAUUCAUUCAAGAAGUUCUCACAAUGGCACGAGUUCACGGAAAGGCCAUCGGUAUCCCGUAACGGGCCAGUCGGCCUGGGUUUCAACGGCGCGGGGCGAUUCAUCCCCAAAGAUCUCUUCACUACACCAAACAAGAUCGAGCAACUCGUCACUGCCGUCGUCACCGCAAUGCAAUUUUCCUAUAGCAAUCACGGAGGAGGUGGUGCCCAGCUCUACGCUACUGGCCCAGAUAAUAAUCCCGACAACGGCAAAACUAGCGUCAACCCUAUCUGGAGGGAAUCCCUCUGGGAAGUGGUCAUGGGCCAGUUCUGGACGACAGCAACAUCGCUGGAGAUGCGAGCACAGAUCCAAAAGACGGUCUCCGCUACAAUCGAACCUUUCAAGGCCUUGACACCAGGUGGAGGAUGCUAUUUGAACGAAGGUGAUUGGACUGAGGAGAAUUGGAAGGAAACUUUCUUUGGGACACAAUAUAACAAGUUGCUGGCUAUAAAGCAGCGAUAUGACCCCACGGGUCUGUUCAACUGCUGGAAGUGUGUAGGGUGGACGGGAUAUGAUGACCCGAAGUAUUCUUGCUAUGCUCAGACACUCGAGGAUUUGCAACCUUGAGCGUCAGUCGGUCUUGUUCGAUAAAUACCUCAGAUUGCACCGCAGCGUUGGUCAUGGCAGUUUUGCUAUUUACUAGGUAGAU